AUGGAUUUGACAUCAUGUCUCCAAGUGAUGUUCGUACUUGUCGCCGCCAUAGCACCCCACGCCAUCAUGGCGCGCCAUCUUCACACCCACAAGUUGUCUUCGUCUAUAUUUCCCCAACAUCUUGUAGGAAGUGGGAAGGGCCACAACAUAGAAGGAAUCCACAACGUCAGAGCCUUCCUCCAACGUUAUGGUUACUUGAGCACAAAUGUGGAGACCAAAGGCAACGCCUUUGAUGACAACUUGGAAUUUGCCCUUAAAUCAUACCAAAAAUUCUUCAACCUCAACGUGAGUGGCAUUUUGGAUGCGGAGACUUUGCACCUAAUGUCGCAGCCUCGAUGUGGAGUUCCCGACGUGUUCAUCAACGAGACGAGCGGGGAGGGAGACAGGGAUCAUUCCAUAGGACUUGAUUACACAUUUUUCCAUGAGUGGAAACCGAAAUGGCGGGCGUCCAAAUACAAUCUGAAAUACGCAUUUGUUGGGAAUUUUCCAGAACAGUACAAGGCUACCGUGCGUGAAGCCACCAACACAUGGAGUUCAGUGACUGGAUUUACAUUCACGGAAGGUAGUGCGGACAACACAGAUGUUAAAAUAAGCUUCGAAGUAGGAGACCAUGGAGAUGGGUAUCCUUUCGAGGAUGGAAGUGGAGUAUUGGCGCAUGCUUUUGCGCCUGAAGAUGGUAGACUACACUACAAUGCGCAGGAGGCUUGGGCGGAUGGAGCUUAUCCUGAUAAGUAUGAUGUGGGGACUGUGGCAUUGCAUGAGCUUGGACAUGUUCUUGGGCUGGGCCACAGCGCCUUUAGAUACGCUGUGAUGUGGCCAAUAACACCUCCUAAUUUUGUGACGGGCCUAGACAACGACGAUGUUAAUGGAAUCAUGGCUUUGUACAAUGGAUUUGAGGAAGCCUAG